AUGUCUGCCUCCUCGUCCACCGCCUCCCCCUCCCGCCCCACCGUCCUCGGCCUCUUCACCCGCCCGGCCACACCCGAGCUCGAUAUCGAGGCCCAGCUCCCUCAGCCGGCCCCCGCACGCAUCCACUCGACUCGCGCCAACGCGUCCAUCGACGAGACCGCGUCCAACGCGGUCGACGACUUCUUCGGGGCUUCGAGCUCGCGCGGCACACGCGACAGCCGGCACGACGAUGCGCGUGCCGCUACCCCCAUCGACGUUGAGGCCCUCGCGCCUCCGCCGUACGAGUGCUCGAUCGAGCCUCCUGCGUACACGACCGUGUCGGACCAGCCUACAUUGGCUAUGUACCUGUUCAAGUUUGGCUUCUUGUUCCCCCUCUUUUGGGUCGUAGGCGCAUUCAUCCUCCUCUCGCCGCUGCAGGCACCCUCGGACUGGGAGACCUCGAAGCCGGAGUACGAGCGGCAGGAGAUCAUCGAGUCGAUGCGCCGGACGGAGAUCAAAUGGGCGAAGCGGUGCCUCUACGCGCUCCUCGUCUCCAUCCUCCUCUUCGCCGCCAUCGCCGUCACCGCCUUCUUCGUCCUGCGCACGUGAGCCGCGCUCUCCGCUCCUGUUCCCCAUCUUCGCGCCUCCGCGCCCCCUCCUUCAAGACUCAAGACAAGCCGCAUAUACGCGCACCCAAUACUAAACCUCACACACCCACAACGGCAUUAAAACUCGCCGCUACAUUCAAACGCUAAACGAAACGACCUCCC